CACCACCCACAAUUCCACCCACCAGGGAACUCAACGUGCCAUUGUGGAACUGGAUCUUUAGAACAAAUUGAGAUAACUCUCGCCGUCUCACUUAAGCCGAGCUGAAAAGAGACUGAAGCCAAAGGAAAAGAGAUCAUAGAAAAUAAAGAAAAGCAAAAGAAACGUGAAUAAAAGAAAGGCGCGGGAGGCGAGAGAAACGCGAAAAGAAAACGGCAAAGGAAAGAAAGAGAAAAUCAACACCAUUGAAGUGGGGAUUGAGAUUGCGCUUCAUACAACGGCGCAUCGCAGUUUACGAGUGUCCAUCACCACUACAACACCGUGCAGCAAUGGAAGACUAUUGGGGUCUUAGCAGCACUACGGAUAUAAAUUGCACUCAGCCCGCCAUCGACGACUUCCCCAGGGAUCUUUUCUCGGAGGCGCAAAGGCAGUCCGGUGCUGUUGUACUUCAUGUUAUAGCCAGUUUAUAUUUAUUCGUAGCCUUAGCCGUAGUGUGUGAUGAGUACUUCGUGCCAGCAGUUGAGAAAAUAUGUGCAGCACUCAACAUGUCCAAUGAUGUGGCGGGGGCCACGUUCAUGGCUGCGGCCACCUCCGCCCCAGAGCUGUUUGUUAACGUGAUAGGCACCUUUAUCACGGAGGGUGAUAUCGGAGUGGGCACGAUUGUCGGAUCGGCGGUAUUUAACAUCCUGGCAGUCGCCGCCUGUUGCGGAAUUGGAGCUGGAAUGACUAUACCCCUGGACUGGUGGCCGUUGACACGGGACAGUAUUGCCUACGGAGUUACAGUGGCCAUUCUCAUCUGUGUGAUGCACGACGAGCGCGUCGAGUGGUACGAAGCCCUCAUCCUGGUCUCCCUGUACGCCGUCUACCUGGCGGUCAUGUAUUUCGACAAAACGUUCCAAAAGUGCGCCAAAGGUGGCGUAAAGCAGGCGCGUUCGCGCAGCCGGUCCUCCAACUGCAGCAUACACACAAAAAACAGCAAUGAGAAGGAACCAGAGCUCGUGGAAAAUCGUAUAUGCCAGAACAUGGCUAACAUUCAGCUGAACGGAGGACUAAACAAUGACCCGCCGAAGGCUACAGGCACCACCAGUGGCGGCACUACCACCAUUUCGAUCACCACCUCAGCCAUGACCACCGCGAUAGGCACCACCACGCACAGUGUCGGAGCUGAAGGAGAAGGAGGAAGGGCGGCAGGUGAUGUUCCUUCUGAACCGGGCUCCAUUGCCCUUAUGGCACAAAUGGACGGUGGCGAGGCAGAGUCCCAGCUAGCUGUGGCUGCCGCUGAUGAGGAUCGCGAGGAAGAGGGCUACUCCCUGCUCACAUACCCGAAGGAUAAGAGCUGUUUUGCACAGUUUACCUGGCUCAUUAUCUGGCCGAUUCAUCUCCUAUUUCGCAUCGCCAUCCCCGACUGCAAGAAGGCCAAGAACAACAAGAUUUUCCCGCUUACCUUCAUAAUGUGCAUCGUCUGGAUAGGAUCGCUGUCUUACGUGGUUGCGUGGAUGAUAACCAUUAUCGGUGAUACACUUAAGAUACCUGACUCGGUGAUGGGGAUUACAUUCCUGGCGGCUGGAACUAGCGUUCCCGAAGCUGUAUCCAGUGUGAUCGUGGCGAAGCGUGGUCACGGAUCGAUGGGGAUCUGCAACUCAAUUGGGUCAAACACCUUCGACAUCCUGCUGUGCCUGGGGGUUCCCUGGCUAAUCAAAGCUGUCUUCUUUCCGAUCCAACCGGGACAGAACUACGUGGCCAUAAACUCGGCUGGAUUGGAGUACUCGGCGAUCACUUUGCUGUCGACGCUGUUUCUGCUGUAUCUAACGUUCUCCACAAACAAGUUCAAAUUGGACAAGAAGGUGGGCACCGCCUGUCUGGUGAUGUACCUGGUUUUCAUGGUUUUCGCCUCCCUCAUCGAACUCAACGUGUUCUUCCGCGUUAACCUGCCCACAUGCGGUCGAUCAUGAGAUGGAUCUGUAUCCGAUGAUAGCGCGAUAUACGAAGGCCGACUUGUGGAGUAUGAGGUGUGGAUGAACGAUUCACCAUUUUGAAUGAAUGGAUGGAGUGUAGAAAGGCCAGUCAUCUAGUGCUGGUUCCGUUUUCCGAUUCAGUUUCCGGCAGCUGGCUGGAGUGCAGUCGUUUAAUUAAUUAAUAUGAAUUUUCUGUUCUAUUCUAUCUUCCUCGAUAGUUGAGUUACGUUAUACGUUAUGCUGUUAUUGUAAUAAUACUUUUUUUUUUAUUAUUAUUAUUAAAGUAGACUCUUUCACAACCUUCGGUUAGAAACCAAAUGAAAAAUUGAAAAUAGAUGAGAAGAUAUGAAAAGAAAUUAAAGGGCGAAACACAAAACCAAAACCACACUAAAAAAUUUAAUAAUGUAUUUAUAUGAUUAAUAUAUAUGAGAUUUAACAAAGAG